GGUGGGAUCCCAGUGACCAAAUAGUGAGAUCUUGUCUCUUUUUCCUUACCUUAGUAAUUUCUUUAUCUCUCUCUUAUAUAUUAUUCUCACCUAUUUCUCCAAAACUACAAUUCAAAUUCAUAACCACUACAUGGAGAAACAAGUUAUGGUACUUCCACUGCCUCCACCCAUUGAUUUCAAUUUCAAUUUCAACACCAACUGUUCUUCUCCCCAACAUCAAGAUUUCGAAUUCAACUUCAAUUCCCAACUCCAAAUACCUUCUCUUUCUGCUGAUCAGCUUUUCCAUGCUGGAAAAAUUCUCUCUCUCAAUCUCAUUUCACCCUCUCUAUUUUCUCAUUCUAAUUCCAAUUCUAUUAUUCAUCAAGAAGAUGAAGCACAACAACAAAAUAAGCUUGUUGGUAGAGAAAGAUCUUCAUCGUUUUCGAAAAUUUCAAUGUCCACUUGUGACAGAAAAAAGUAUUUCAAAAUAUCUGAAUCUGAAAAAUCUGAAACUUCAUCAUCAGCUUCAACUUUUUCCACUUUCUUAUCAUCAAUUUCAUUUUCAAAAGGGUAUCGAAAAUGGAGGUUCAAAGAUUUUCUACUGUUUCGAAGUGCUUCGGAAGGAAGAGCCAUAGAGAGAGAUAUUUUGAGGAAGAAAUACACGGUUCUGUCUAAAACGACACCGUACGAGGAUGUUGUCGUAGGUAACUCUAGCUUCCGGUCUAUUGAGAAUUCCGGUUCGGUUUCUAAAAGGAGAGGACCGGUUUCGGCUCAUGAAUUGCAUUAUAAAUUGAACCGGGCCGCUUCUGAGGAAUUGAAGAGGAAAACUAUGUUGCCUUAUAAACAAGGUUUGUUGGGUUGUUUGGGGUUCAAUCAUGGUAUGAAUUAUCAGAUUAGUGCAAGAUUUGGGUCUUGUUAACGUUCAUAAUCCAGUAAUACAAUUGUCUAAAUCUUAUUUAUUUAUUUGUUGAUAUUGGUUUCUUGUUUUUCUUAAUGAGAAAUGUUGUGUUACUUGUUGAUAAAUUACAAGUUAUACUUAUAUUAC